AUGGCGUACUCUAGAAUCGCGAACUGGCGGACCAACAUCCUGUUGGUAUCACUUCCAGUCAAUGGAUAUUAUCCACCCCUGAUAUACGCGGCGCCCUCUAGCACACUAGCUAGUGAGAAGCCUGUAUUCACUAUGCCAGACAACGCGGAUCGAGGGGCCUUAUUACUUCCAAAUAUCAAAGAUCCCAAAUCAAUGAAUGCGCAGCAUGUGUGUCCAGGAUAUCUUGCGUCCGAUGUCACCGAAACAACGCAUGAUGUGAACAAGUUGAAUCUUACGGUCGAGUAUCAAUCCAAAGACAGGCUAAACGUCAAUAUCGUACCGGCCCAUAUAUCCCGCUCCAAUCAAUUACAUUAUAUCCUCCCCGAUCAUGUGGUUCCAAGGCCAAAGCCCAGCGAACCGUCGUAUGCUCAUAGCGGCGAGAUAGAUCUCAACUUCAGCUGGUCGAACGAACCCAGUUUUUCAUUCAAAGUGACCCUCAGGAGCACAGGGGACGUGCUUUUUGAAACCACGGGAACGGUGUUGGUGUUUGAGAAUCAAUUAGUCGAGUUUGUCAGUUGGCUGCCUCCUGAUUAUAACCUUUAUGGGCUAGGGGAACGCAUCCAUAGGUUGCGGCUUGGAAACAAUUUCACAGCUACCAUCUAUGCAGCGGAUGUAGGGGACCCGAUCGAUACCAAUCUUUACGGCUCCCAUCCUUUCUAUCUCGACACUCGAUAUUUCGAAGUUCCAAAGGAUGAUAAGCUAAUCCCUGCUACGGACAAUGAGCAUGAUCCUUCACGGACUAUUGAUCUGUACUUCUAUUCGGGCCCAUCUCAACCUGAAGUGACAAGAAGUUUUCAAUUCAGUAUGAUUGGGCUCCCACCAUUACAGCAAUAUUAUACUUUCGGAUUUCAUCAGUACCGUUGGGGCUACAAAAGUUGGACGGAGCUAGAAGACGUGGUGUCCAACUUUGAGAAGUUGAAAUUCCGCUCGAAACCAUUUGGCUAUCGCGAUUUCGAGUUUGACCCUAACAAUUAUCCCAUCCCAGAAGGGCAGAAAUUCGUCUCCACCCUUCACCAAAAAGACUUGCACUGGAUUCCGAUGGUGGAUGCAGCAUCUACAUCCCUAACCCUGAAACCCCCGCCGAUGCGUUCCCGAGAAUGGUGGUCAACUGAGCUAAAAGAAUUUUUCAAUAAAGUUCCAUAUGACGGGAUCUGGAUUGAUAUGAAUGAAGUCUCUUCCUUCUGCGUUGGUAGCUGUGGUUCGGGAAACCUUACUCUCAACCCAGUCCAUCCGCCUUUCCAACUACCGGGAGAACGUGGCAAUGUGAUUUAUGAUUAUCCCGAGGGCUUCAAUAUUACCAACGCAACCGAAGCCGCGUCCGCGUCUUCUGCUUCCCUAGAACAAGCUUCCAAAACUGUGGGAGUUCGGAACGUUAACCAGCCUCCGUACGUUAUAAAUCAUGUUCAGGGUGAUCUAGCAGUUCAUGCAGUAUCACCAAAUGCCACAAGUGCCGACGGAACCCUCGAAUAUGAUAUCCACAACCUGUUCGGACAUCAACUUCUGAGCGCGACUUAUCAUGGUCUCUUGGAGGUCUUUCCAAACAGGCGACCUUUUAUUAUCGGCCGAUCUACAUUCUCGGGAAGCGGGAAAUGGGCUGGCCACUGGGGGGGCGACAACCAGUCCCGGUGGGCUUAUAUGUUCUUUUCCAUCCCUCAAGGCUUGUCAUUCUCCCUCUUCGGCAUCCCGAUGUUUGGCGUCGAUACGUAUGGGUUCAACGGCAACAGUGACGAGGAGCUGUGCAACCGAUAG